AAUUUUUUUUUUUUAUUUUAAUUCAAGAGUAUAUAAGCCCCUAAUUUUCUCCCAACAACAAAGUUCAACAAAACCCUAAAUCCUCCCUUCUUGCUCCAUAGCCUCUGUACUUUCCCUAGUUCUUCCACUGUAUCAAUGGCAAUGGGUGAGGUAAAAAUCUCAGAAAUGCGUGACUUAACCCGAAUUGAACGAAUAGGAGCACACUCACACAUUCGCGGCCUCGGUCUCGACAACAAUCUGGAACCUCGUUUGUCAUCUGAAGGUAUGGUAGGACAAACCUCCGCACGUAAAGCUGCGGGCGUAAUUGUCAGAAUGGUUCAACAAGGUAAAAUUGCCGGUCGGGCUGUUCUAUUAGCGGGUCAACCCGGAACAGGUAAAACAGCAAUAGCAAUGGGAAUGGCUAAAUCGUUAGGGAUUGAAACACCAUUUGCGAUGUUAGCUGGUAGUGAGCUUUACUCAUUAGAUAUGUCGAAAACUGAGGCGUUAAUGCAGGCCUUUAGGAAGGCUAUUGGGGUUAGAAUUAAGGAAGAGGCUGAGGUUAUUGAAGGUGAAGUUGUGGAGGUGCAAUUUGAUAGGCCUACGGUAUCAGGAGCUGCAUCGAAGACGGGGAAAUUGACGUUGAAAACGACUGAUAUGGAGACGGUGUAUGAUUUGGGGGCGAAGAUGAUUGAGGCGUUAGGGAAGGAGAAGGUUCAAAGUGGGGAUGUUAUUGCGAUUGAUAAGGCGUCUGGGAAGAUUACGAAAUUAGGGAGGUCAUUUUCUAGGUCGAGGGAUUAUGAUGCUAUGGGGCCGCAGACUAAGUUUGUGCAGUGUCCGGAAGGGGAGCUGCAGAAGAGGAAGGAGAUUGUGCAUUGCGUUACGCUUCAUGAAAUCGAUGUCAUAAAUAGCAGAACACAGGGAUUUUUAGCACUGUUUACGGGUGAUACUGGUGAGAUUCGUGCUGAAGUGAGAGAACAAAUAGACACCAAGGUUGCAGAGUGGAGGGAGGAAGGAAAGGCAGAAAUUGUGCCUGGUGUCCUCUUCAUUGACGAAGUACAUAUGCUUGACAUUGAGUGUUUCUCUUUCCUAAACCGAGCUCUGGAGAAUGACAUGGCACCUAUAUUGGUUGUUGCGACCAAUAGAGGCAUUACUACAAUCCGGGGAACAAACUACAGAUCCCCACAUGGGAUUCCAAUUGACUUUCUUGAUCGCCUGCUCAUCAUCUCUACACAACCUUACAAAGAGGAAGAAAUUCGCAAAAUCCUGGACAUCAGAUGCCAAGAGGAGGAUGUAGAAAUGUCUGAGGAUGCAAGAGUUCUAUUGACCAAGAUCGGGGUGAAUACCUCUUUGAGAUACGCCAUCCACCUUAUCACUUCUGCAGCAUUGGCUUGCCAAAAACGGAAAGGGAAGAUUGUGGAAGUGGAAGAUAUUACUCGAGUCUAUAAUCUGUUUUAUGAUGUGAAGAGAUCCACACAGUACUUGAUGGAGUAUCAGAGCCAGUACAUGUUUAACGAAAUGUCAGCAGGAGAGGCCGAAGAAGAUGAAACUACUGCAAUGGUGUCCUGAAAGCUUCUCGACUUGGGAUUCAGGAGGUAUGUUGCUCAGACUUUCCAAAAAUCUAUCGGAUCAUUAAAAAAUGCAUGAUUUUGGAGGAUCCGACAUACCCUGCAGUAUUUAGGACAAAUUAUCUUCAACGUGGCAUCUUUUAAAUUUACGACUUGGCGACUGUGGUCGAGGCGCAGCGUAACUAAGAGUGCUGAGCCAAGAUGACGACUAGUUCACUUAUUAUUUUAGUUUAGCCGCCUUUUUUUUGGAACGGAACCGGAUGCAAUAGAAAGAAUGCGAAGCGCUAGCACUGCAAGAUCAAAUUUUUGGUGGGACAACUAUGACUUAAUUUCGCUUGGCAAAUCUUUUUA